AUGGCGGCACAUGGGGGUCUACGCACCAUACCUCGGGCUGUACAGCGAGCACAAUGCCUGGGCACGAACGCCGUGAGAACAUAUGCUACGACCGCAGCGGCAGUCGACUAUCAAGAGCCGGACCACUUUAUACCUGUGCAUAAGCCGCCUCCUCAACCAAACCGAACAGCACGCAAGCGGGCAAUCGGCGAGGCCAAACCCUUCUCCGACUUUCUUACGGACACCUUCAACCGCCAGCAUGACUACCUCCGCAUCUCCCUCACAGAACGAUGCAAUCUGCGGUGUCUGUACUGCAUGCCCGAGGAGGGUAUCCAGCUGUCGCCGAACAAAGAGCUCCUCACGAGCGCAGAGAUCUACUAUCUCAGCGCGCUUUUCGUGAACCAGGGAGUCAACAAGAUACGACUGACGGGUGGCGAGCCCACUGUUAGGAAGGAUAUUGUGCCGCUCAUGCAGCAGAUUGGAAGUCUGAGACGCAAUGGGCUGAAAGAGCUGGCAUUGACGACAAAUGCCAUAUCACUACACCGCAAGCUGGACGCGAUGGUUGAGGCAGGAUUGACUGGCGUGAACAUCAGUCUAGACACGCUGGAUCCGUUUCAAUUCCAGAUCCUCACACGGCGGCAAGGCUUUGACGCAGUGAUGAAAAGCAUCAACCGAGUGCAAGAGAUGAACAAGGUCGGCGCGAAAGUGAAGCUUAAGAUCAAUGCUGUGGUAAUGCGCGGCUUGAAUGAUCAUCAGAUCCUGCCAUUUGUCGAGAAGACUCGCGAGGAGGACAUCGAGGUUCGCUUCAUCGAGUACAUGCCGUUUGGCGGCAACAAGUGGAGCGAAAACAAGAUGUUGCCGUACGCAGAGAUGGUCGACAUCAUCCGCCAGCAGUACCCUGGUCUUGAGCGACUCCAAGAUGCGAAGAACGACACUUCCAAGACCUAUCAAGUACCGGGCUUCAAGGGCCGGGUCGGCUUCAUUACGAGCAUGACACACAACUUUUGUGGGACUUGUAAUCGACUGCGCAUCACAUCAGACGGCAACCUGAAGGUCUGUCUUCACGGCAACGCUGAAGUCAGCCUGCGCGAUCUUCUGAGAGAAGAGCGCGGUGGCGAGCCCAUGGAUGAAGCGGCCUUCGAGGCCAUCAGACAACUUGAGCUCGAUCGAAGGAAAGCUGGUGAGCUACGGCAUGACGGCGAGGAAGGCUGGAUAAGCAAGGAGCGGCAGCUUCUGGAAGUGAUUGGUGCAGCCGUCAAGCGGAAAGCUGAGAAGCAUGCUGGCAUGGGCGAGCUGGAGAACAUGAAAAACAGGCCGAUGAUUUUGAUUGGUGAGAAACCAACACCGUCACCACGAAUCACCUCUCCGCAUGCUCGUCAGCUUCGCGCACAAGAGUUCCAUGCAAGAACGCGCCCAGACGUACCAUUGCAUCUGCUACGUCAAUCGCACCCUAGUGUCUCUCAAGCUCGUUAUAGCUCGUCAAAAGCUGAUGCGACUUCAAACGAGCCCAAGCCUUCUUCGCAGGAGGCCGAACCCGCAGAAGAGUCGGACAGUCGUCCCAGCACUGGCUCAUUCUUCGGCUUCCAAAGCCUCAGCAGCUUGUUCGCUCCAGCAGAGCCACGUCGCCGUUAUAGUAGGCCAGAUGAGCACAGAGAGGCCGAGAAAGCCCCGUCGCCUUCGAGCCUACCACCGCCUCCGACUGCAAAGGGUUCCGCGAUCAGACCGCCGCCUAUGUACGAAUCUUUACCUCAGGAUGACCCACCACCACCGUCAAAGGUCCAGUCGCCAUUUGGCGUCGACCUGUCGAGGUCGUCCAGGGCGACAGCGCAGGAGAAGCCCAACCACAAGGCAGAGUUCUUCACGUCGCCACAAGACAUUGGGAGCUCAGAGCCUAGCUAUUCCAGCGUUAGUCCUGAAUUCCCAAGCAUUGGUUCUGAGAAGGCAAUCACCGGUGUGGGUGUCGGUGAAGUUCCUUUGCGACGUACGCGGAUCCGUCCAAGGGACUUAAGAGGGGCUCCUGACAAUAUACGCACGGGGAGAACGAAAGUCUUAGAUGGGAAGUUCUUAGGCCAAAGAGGAGUAAGCCUGAACCUGGAUCGGUCAUCUGAAGGAUCUCAAGACUCGACCCAGAGGUCGCAGACAGAGCCCAAGGCUGCCUGGGGGUUGACCGAGAAGCUGCCGACUGAGCCUCAAGAGUCUGUCGAGAAGAGGCCGCCACCAACCACAUCUGGUGCUGAUGCAGCCCCGUCAGCGUCGACUCUUGAACAGUCAGAUGGAGAGACAUCAUCGCAAAAGCCUCAUCUAACUCACCUCAAGCAGUCCGGAGAGGCGCACAUGGUUGACGUUGGGGACAAGGAGCCUUCGAAGCGGGCAGCGAUAGCUACUGGAGCGGUUGUCUUCUCGAACGGCGAACCCUUGCACUUGAUAGCUGAGAACAACAACAAGAAAGGGGACGUGCUCGGCGUCGCCCGAAUUGCUGGGAUCAUGGCUGCAAAACGGACCUCCGACCUAAUCCCUCUGUGUCAUCCAAUAGCCAUCAGCAAAGUCGACGUCGACCUGGAGCCAUGGUCCACGCAUGACGACAUGAAUCAUGGCAUGGUCCUAGUUCGUGCUCAUGUUGAGUGUACCGGAUCAACCGGGGUCGAGAUGGAGGCGCUGACGGCUGCCACUGUGGCGGCGGCGACCGUCAUCGACAUGUGCAAGGCCGUGGACCGCGACAUUCGGAUUGCUGGACUUCGUGUGCCUUACAAGAGCGGAGGCAAGAGUGGCUUGCACUUUUACUGGAACUGGGCUCUCGAGCGGGAGCUGGACUACUUUUCGGAACGGGGACUCGAGGUCCCAUCGAACUGGGAACCUGUCUGGCACCGGCACCGCAAGGGCAAGAUGUUGCAAGCACAAGAGUCUUCUGAGGGGAAGCUCAAGUCGACUGGAGCCGGGACCACACGACGCCAACGCAUUGAACAAACAAGAACCAGAGCCCAGCCGCCGAACGCAGGCCAAGAUGGUGCUGGAAAUGUCGUCGAGCGUGCAGGAUUGAUUCGGCGCACCGCGUACACAACCAUCAACGACACACCCGGCCGUUGGGGGCAGAGGCGUCUCCAAGUCGGCAAGCGGCCCGCAUCUGGUACUCGAUGA